AUGGUUUGGCUCGGAGCAUGCUCAAAAGGUAUGACAACAUUGGUGAUCUUGGAUAAAGGUUCGGUUGAUCAUGUAAAAUAUAUCGAACGAGUUCUUCCUGUGGCUAAGAAAUGUGGUGACGAGAUGAUGGGUAAUGAUUGGAUAUUUCAGCAGGACAAUGCACCGGCCCAUAAAGAUAGUGAAACUCAACAAUGGUGUCGCGAUAAUUUACCAUCAUUUAUUCCACGCGAGCCUUACGCAAGUAUUAGUGCAGAAUCGUACUUCGGUUUCGAAAAAGUACAAUUGCGAAUGGAGACAGUACAUGAGAAUGAAACACUGUCUCCUUCAUCAAACAGACGUAUAUGUCUAGCAUUACUAGCUGUGGGCUGUUUGAGCCUGCUCGGUUUAAUAUUUGCAGGCGUAAUCGUGAUCGCCCUAAUUCCUGUGUAUUUACCAAGGCAUGAGAUCAAUGGCAUUCAACGAGAAAGUAGUAUUAUUCAAAUAACUUACAAUCUGCCCUUAUCAUUGAUUGUUAGUGGGCAAGUACCACGAUCAAACUAUGGAGUGUUGGAAAGCAUAGUAAGAAGUAGACUUAAUAAAUUAGAGUAUAAUAACCUCGUUCUACUAUCAGCUGCAACAACAGUUAGUUAA